AUGUCAGCUUUACUUUUAGAGACACUUCGAAAAGCAGAAUUAGAACAGUAUUACCCCAGCUUUUCAUCAAAUGGAAUAACACAACUAGAGAACCUUGCUCAACUGUCCAUGCAAGACUACAGCAGUUUAGGCAUCACAUCUAUUCCCGAUAGAAAGAAGCUGUUUCAGCUAGUUCAGAGCUUGCGACAGGAAAUACCCACAUUGGAAAAUGGACUUGUAUCGUCACCCAACAGCAAGUAUCGAUUCACCAAAUCACCACCCUCCUCCUCUUCUGCAUCCAACAACAAUGUGCCUGAUUUAUCCAACCUCAACAUCACAGCAGCCAGACGUGGUAGCGGCCAGCCAACCCAUCAGCCGCCAUUGCAGCAACAAAUCCCUACUCGCUCUCGCUCUCGUACACUGCCCUCUUCAGAUCACUACAGGCCCGAGUUCUUGAAAUCCAACAGUAGCAACAACUUUUUCCAUGAAGAAACAACCACCUCUUUGACUGAUAGUGAUGACUCUGAUGAUUCCGACAAGUGUGAGAUUAGACGAGGUUCGGGCCCCUUAUUAGAUCCAUAUGGCGUGCCUAUUCAGAACAAGUUGCGCUACAAUGCUAUUCGUAAUCAAUCGCAAUCCAUGACGCCCAGUAGCAUGGAUUCGAAUCAUACGUUGACUACAGCAUCUUCUGCAACAAGCAACAACACCAUCACUACGCCUGUGGCAUCGCCCAUGGUGUCUGGUGGCUCUCCAUUGCAGCAAUCCCAGCAACUGAUGGGCCAAAGUGAUUUGAAUCAAAAGAUCCGCGUUUGUGUCAGAAAACGGCCUCUGAACAAAAAGGAGCUGGAGCGAGCUGAAAAAGACAUUGCACCUACGGCAGGCGUACGAAGUAUCAAUGUGAACGAGCCAAAGAUGAAGGUGGAUUUGACAAAAUACAUUGAGCAGCACAGCUUUACAUUUGACGAUGUAUUUGAUAGCGACGAAACAAAUGAAAAGAUCUACUCUCGCACUGCCCAACCCUUGGUGAAAUACGUAUUUGAUGGUGGAAAAGCGACCUGUUUUGCCUAUGGCCAAACUGGCUCUGGAAAAACGUAUACCAUGCUGGAUCCAAAGCUUGGCCUCUACGUGCUAGCUGCACGUGAUGUAUUUUCAUUGAUUCGACAAUCCCAAUACGAACAUUUGUCAGCCUGGAUCGGAUUCUACGAGAUUUAUCAGGGCCAACUCUAUGAUCUACUAAACAACCGCAAAAAACUAUUUGCAAGAGAAGAUGGCAAACAAAACGUGGUGAUUGUUGGACUCAAGGAAUUUGUCAUUAAAAACGUCGAGGAUUUGAUGCAAGUGUUCGAGUACGGCAGCCAGGCACGUAGUACAGGUAGCACAGGCGCCAAUUCGGAUUCAUCCCGAUCCCAUGCUGUGCUCCAAAUACUGUUGCGUCCUACGAAAAACAAAAAGAAGAUCAUUGGCAAACUUAGUUUCAUCGAUUUAGCUGGUAGUGAACGUGGUGCUGAUCGUGGUGAUACGGAUAUGAAGACGAGAAUGGAAGGCGCCGAGAUCAACAAGAGUCUGUUGGCCCUGAAAGAGUGUAUUCGUGCAUUGGAUCAAGACAAGAGACACACGCCAUUCCGCCAGAGCAAGUUGACUCAGGUUCUCAAAGACUCGUUUGUGGGCAAUUCUCGUACUUGCAUGAUUGCCACCAUCUCACCUAAUCAGAGCAACAGUGAGCAUACAUUGAAUACGCUUAGAUAUGCAGACAGAGUCAAAGAAUUAAAAGGAGAAAGAGACAGACGAGUCAUUGGGCCAGACAGCAACGAUGCUUCCAAUGUGAUGCAUCAACGCCAACUCUCCUCCUCUGAAGAUUACCCUAAUGAAGACGAAUACCCGGAUGAAUACCCAGAGUCAGAUGACCCUGAUCUCUACAAUGAUGUGGAAGACGACGACUUGCUUUUGCAUGAUGAAGAUUUCCCCAGUGACGGUGAUGGUAAUAUACUCGAUGAAGACUUUAUCCACGAGAGUCGAUAUGACCCACAUCAUCAUCACCAACACCAACACCAACACCAACAGCAGCAUAUGCGCUCUCCUCCACCUCCUACUGCGUCGCAACCAGCUCGCAUUGCUGAGCCAAGAUACAAUCGACAUCCACUAGACAUGCCUGCCAUGUCUUCAUCCCCUGAUUAUCUCUAUGAGCCAUCUCAGCAGCAGCAGCAGCAGCAGCAGCAGCAGCAGCAAUAUCAGUUCCAACUUCAACAACAACAACAACAACAGCAACAGCAAAUGCAACAAAAUGCCACGAUGCAACAAGCACUUAAACCAGAUGAUAUACCAAAUGCGAAUGAUUUCACUGCACAGCUGGAAGACUGCCUCUUCUUUGAUCCCAAUACGAUUGAAUCCUUUAUCAAAUUCCACAGAGCGCAAAUCAGAGAAGUAACUGAAUUCUCCAAAAAGGAGACCAAGCUACUCGCCAACUUUUCCUUGGGAUUAUCGAGUCGAAGAGAUGAUGAACGUCAGUCGUCUUCCUCUUCCUUGAGGGAAGAACUAAAGACAUCGAGUGAAUUCAUAGGCUAUUUAGAUAAUUUAGAUGAGUUGUUAGAGAUGAAGACGGCUGCUAUUGAGGCUUUGAGAGAUAGAAUUCGGCACGUAUUGGGAGAGGAAGAGCUUUGA